AUGACAAACUACAUUAUAAAUUUGCCAGAAUUGAAUCAUGUAAUCCGAAAAAUAACCAUAAGGGCCUUGAUCGAUGACAGGGCUGGUCAAACUUCUAGCUCCGGUGUGUCAGAAGCUGUUACAGGUGUUCCGUCCCCAAGUACCGGAAACUCGUAUAUAAAAAAACGGAGAUAUGAGAAUGACAUAAGUAAUAUUGCUUCUUUGACUCAUUCGCAACAAAAUUGGACAAUCAAAGCCAAGGUCGAAGAAAAGUCGGAUAAAAAACCAUGGAGUAAUAAAAAUGGCAAUGGCCACUGUUUUAGUAUGGCGUUGUCUGAUAAUAGUGGAAAAAUCAGAGCAGUUGCUUUCAAUGAUCAAUGCCAUAAGUUUUAUGAAAUGAUUCAGGAAGGAAAGAUUUACACUAUAUCAAAAUUUGAUGUGAAACUACGCAAAAAAGAAUUUCGUACCUUCAACGAUUAUGAAAUAGUAUUUAGAAAUGAUACUCAAGUCGCAGAGUGUUUGGAUGUUGGUAAUAAAGUGCGAAAAGACAGUUAUGAAUUUGUUAAGAUUAAAGACAUUCAAGCAAAGAAAACAAACACUUUAGUCGAUGUGAUUGGAAUUUGCAAAGAUUGCCCAGAAAUUGUACCUGUUAAAACCAAAAAUGGCAAAGAAGUAAGCAAGAGAGAAUUAACAUUGGUGGACGAUAGCGGUGCUUGUAUUAAGUUGACCUUGUGGGACGACGACGCAAAAAACAUCGAUGAAGUCUUGCACUCUGUAAUUUGUGUAAAGAAUGCUCGGAUCAAAGAGUAUCGCGAUAUUAAAUCAUUAGGGAUUGGAUCUAGCACAUGCUUGAAAAUAAAUCCUGACUUGCCUGAGGCCACUGAACUUCGAGGCUGGUUUGAUAAAGAUCGUGAAACUGCCAAACCUAUAAGUCUAUCGGCAAUGUUAGAAAUUGAUAUUAACUAUUAAUUUAAACAUUUAAUACAAACUCGUUCAUUUAUUUCUUUUCUAUCGUGCCU